CGAUUCUUUCGCAUUACCUUCUCCUCUCUCUCGCUCUGGCUCUCUCGCAUUCUCUCUCUGAGGGGGAGCUGACGCUGGGUAGGAGAUGCUCGCCCCAAACCCUAGAGUCACCACUCUCUCCGGCCGCCUUUGCCACUAAUAGGAGCCGACUUCCGUCCAAUCUCGUGGGCCGUGGAAUCCGAUCCCCUGCCGCACCGCCAUCGAAGUAAGCUUCGCGUGUUGCACUAUAUGCUUCCUGGAAAGAAGGCCGGUGAGGACGACGUCAAAACGGAAAGCUUGCUGAAGAAACCACGCGUCGACUGCUUGAUCGCCACAACUAACAGCAACAGCAGUAGCCACAGCUUGGGAACGAUGGCCGGUAAUGACAGAAACCCGGCCGAAAUCGACGAGGAUCUGCACAGCAGGCAGCUUGCUGUCUAUGGGAGGGAGACGAUGCGCAGGCUUGCGGCAUCCAACGUCCUCAUCUCCGGGAUGCAGGGCCUUGGCGCCGAAGUGGCAAAGAACCUUAUACUCGCAGGUGUAAAGUCUGUCACCUUACAUGAUGAGGGGUCGGUUGAGUUGUGGGACUUAUCAAGCAACUUUCUCUUCUCUGAAGAAGAUAUUGGGAAAAAUCGUGCAUUGGCCUCUGUGCAGAAGCUGCAGGAGCUAAAUAAUGCUGUGGUUAUAUCCACUUUGACUUCUCGGAUCUCCAAAGACCAUCUGUCUCAUUUUCAGGCUGUAGUUUUCACUAAUGGCAGCCUGGACAAGGCAAUUGAAUUUGAUGACUAUUGUCAUCAUCACAACCCUCCAAUUGCUUUCAUCAGAGCUGAAGUCCGAGGCUUGUUUGGAAAUGUAUUUUGUGACUUCGGUCCAGAAUUCACAGUCUUGGAUGUUGAUGGUGAGGAACCACAUACGGGUAUCAUUGCUUCCAUCAGCAAUGAUAAUCCUGCACUUGUUUCAUUUGUUGAUGAUGAGCGACUUGAAUUUCAAGAUGGAGAUCUGGUUGUAUUUUCUGAAGUAAGGGGGAUGACAGAGCUCAAUGAUGGAAAACCUAGGAGAAUUAAAAAUACCAGACCAUAUUCAUUUCUUCUGGAAGAAGACACCACAAAAUUUGGUGAGUAUGAGAAAGGUGGCAUUGUGACCCAGGUUAAGCAACCUAAGAAAUUAAAUUUCAGACCUUUAAGGCUUGCCCUCAAGGAUCCUGGCUAUUUUCUUCUUAGUGACUUUGCAAAGCCUUUUCGUCCCCCUCUGCUGCAUUUGGCAUUUCAGGCUCUUGAUGAGUUUGUUGCCAAGUUGGGGCGAUACCCUGUUGCCGGGUCAGCUGGGGAUGCUCAGAGAUUGAUAGACAUGGUUAAUGCAUUGAAUGAGGAGUUGGCUGGUGAUGCCAAAGUGGGGGAUAUCGAUGAGAAGGUUCUUCAGCAUUUUGCUAAUGGAUCAAGAGCAGUGCUCAGCCCUAUGGCAGCUAUGUUUGGUGGUAUUGUUGGACAAGAGGUUGUCAAAGCUUGCUCUGGGAAGUUUCAUCCACUGUUCCAGUUCUUUUACUUUGACUCAGUUGAGUCACUUCCUGUUGAACCACUGGAGCCUAGUGAUUUGGUGCCUUCAAAUAGCCGUUAUGAUCCACAAAUAGCAGUCUUUGGUUCCAAGCUGCAGAAAAAACUUGAGCAAGCGAAAGUGUUUGUGGUUGGAGCUGGUGCACUGGGAUGCGAGUUUUUGAAAAAUUUAGCCCUAAUGGGAGUUUCCUGUGGCUCCCAAGGCAAGCUUGUCAUUACUGACGAUGAUGUUAUUGAGAAGAGUAACCUCAGCAGGCAGUUUCUGUUCAGGGAUUGGAACAUUGGCCAAGCUAAGUCUACUGUUGCUGCUGCAGCUGCUGUAUUGAUCAACCCUUCCCUUCAGAUAGAAGCUCUGCAAAACCGUGCUAGUCCUGAUACUGAGAAUGUCUUUGAUGAUGCAUUUUGGGAGAGUUUGGAUGUUGUCAUCAAUGCCCUGGAUAAUGUGAAUGCAAGGCUUUACAUUGACAGUAAGUGCUUAUACUAUCAGAAGCCACUUUUGGAAUCAGGAACUCUGGGAACCAAAUGCAAUACGCAGAUGGUAAUCCCUCAUCUCACGGAGAACUAUGGGGCCUCUAGGGAUCCUCCUGAGAAGCAAGCACCUAUGUGCACUGUUCACUCAUUUCCACAUAACAUUGAUCACUGCUUGACGUGGGCUCGGUCCGAGUUUGAAGGUUUGCUCGAGAAAACACCAAAUGAAGUAAAUUCCUUCCUAUCCAGCCCAGCCGAAUAUAAGGCUGCUAUGAGAUCAGCGGGAGAUGCUCAAGCUAGGGAGCUCUUGGAGCGUGUUAUUGAAUGUCUUAGCGUUGAACGAUGCGAAACAUUCCAAGACUGUAUUGGAUGGGCAAGGCUGAAGUUUGAGGAUUACUUUUCAAAUCGAGUGAAGCAGCUGACUUUCACGUUCCCAGAAGAUGCUGCUACCAGCACUGGGGCUCCAUUCUGGUCUGCUCCUAAACGCUUCCCUAGAGCAUUAGAGUUUUCUGUUGAGGACCGCGAUCAUCGUCACUUCAUCAUGGCUGCCUCCAUAUUAAGAGCUGAAACUUUUGGAAUAAAAAUACCUGACUGGGCUAAAAAACUCGAUAACCGUGAGUUGGCUGAUGCAAUCAAGAGUGUGAUGGUUCCUGAAUUUCAGCCCAAGAAGGAUGCUAAGAUUGUGACUGAUGAGAAAGCUACCUCUCUUACUACAGCAUCCAUUGAUGAUGCUGCUGUUAUUGACGGUCUAAUAUUGAAAUUAGAAGAGCUUUCUGCCGUCCUUGCACCUGGGUUCAGAAUGAGUCCAAUACAGUUUGAAAAGGACGAUGAUACGAACUAUCAUGUAGACUUGAUUUCUGGACUUGCUAAUAUGCGUGCAAGAAACUAUGGCAUCCCUGAAGUCGACAAACUGAAAGCCAAGUUUAUAGCAGGAAGAAUCAUCCCAGCCAUUGCUACUACAACUGCAAUGGCUACUGGCUUUGUGUGCCUCGAGUUGUACAAGGCAUUAGGUGGAGGUCACAAGCUGGACGAUUACAGGAAUACAUUUGCCAACUUGGCACUGCCUUUAUUUACUAUGGCUGAACCGGUUCCACCCAAAGAAAUUAAGCAUCAGGAUAUGAGCUGGACUGUAUGGGACCGCUGGACUAUCAAGGAGAACCUAACCUUGAGGGAAUUGCUACAAUGGUUCCGAGCCAAAGGACUAACUGCCUACAGCAUUUCUUGUGGACAAAGUCUGCUGUAUAACAGCAUAUUUCCCAAGCAUAGAGAGCGGAUGGAUCGGAAGGUUGUGGAUUUAGCCAGGGAGAUUGCCAAGUUGGAGGUGCCAUCCUACCGUCGCCAUUUUGACAUCGUGGUGGCUUGUGAGGACGAAGAAGAAAAUGACAUUGACAUCCCAUUAGUUUCCAUAUAUUUCAGGUAACAGGAAUUGAGUUCACGGGAUCUGCUGUUGGCAUGCUCAAAUGAAACAUUUAGUUUCCUUUCGAUCAGAUUUUGUACGAUUAUCAUAUUUUAUGAGAUGUUCACCAGAUGUUUUUUAGUUUUUCCGGUUUCAAGGGGAAAUACUAAACAAACGACGAAGACACGCAGCCACCCUGUGUGGAAAGAGGAAGAAAAGAACAAUCAAUUUCCUUGCUAUUGAAAUAUGGGAUGUCUACUGGCAUAUAUUUUUGAACA